GUGAAACAUGAAGAUACUGAGAAACAAACAGACCUGGGAGCGUUGAAAGAGGAGAGUGCAGUACUCAAUGAAAUGAAAGAGGAAGACCAUGAUUUCAUAAAUGAAGAAAAGUCCUUUGAUUGCUCACAGUCUGAAAAUACUUCCUCACGAAAUAUAGCUCAAAUGACAGGAACCCUUAAUUCCCACACAAGAGAAGCUUCUGGAGAGAAGCCUUUCAAAUGCCAGCAGUGCGAAAGGAGUUUCCGAUUAAAUAAAUACCUUAAGAAUCACAUGAGAAUUCACGCAGAGGACAAGCUUUUCACGUGCCAUCAUUGUGGAAAGAGUUUUUGUCAUAAAGGUAGUCUCAAAACUCACAGGAGAAUUCACACUGGAGAGAAGCCUUACUCAUGCCCGCUGUGCAGAAUGAAUUUCACAUAUAAACCAACCUUUAACGCUCAUAUGAAAAGUCACACUGGAGAGAACCCUUACACCUGCAAACUGUGUGGGAAGAGCUUCUCACAAAAGGGAAAUCUAAAGUAUCACAUGAGAGUUCACACUGGAGAAAAGCCUUUCACGUGUCCUAAUUGUGGAAAGAGUUUCAGUUAUAAAGUAAGCCUCAAGUCUCACAUGAGAAUUCACACUGGAGAGAAGCCUUACUCAUGCCCUCAGUGCGGAAUGAAUUUUACAUACAAGGAGUCCUUUGAUAUCCACUUGAGAGUUCACACUGGAGAAAACCUUUACACCUGCAAACUGUGUGGGAAAAGCUUCUCACAAAAAGGAAAUCUUAAGUAUCACAUGAGAACCCACACUGGUGAGAAGCCGUUCACAUGUGAUCAGUGUGGUAAGAGUUUCAGAUACAAAGUAACUUUAAAUAAGCACAGCAGGAUUCACUCAAGAGAGAACUGUCCUAUAUGUCAUCAGUGUGGAAAGAGUUUCACCAGCAAGAAAGACCUUAAGAAUCAUGUAAUAACUCACAUCGGGGAGAAGCCCUUCAUGUGCCACCACUGUGGAAGGAGUUUCACACGUAAAGGAAAUCUCAAGACUCACAUGAUAAUUCACACUGGAGAAAGGCCUUUCAUAUGCCAUCACUGUGGAAAAAGUUUCAGAUUUAAAGGAAAUCUUCAGACUCACUUGAGGCUUCACACCGGAGAGAGGCCUUACACAUGUCUUACGCGUGAGAAGGGUUUCACAAAUCAAAAAGACCUGAAAUGUCAUUUGCAAACUCAUUCUGGAAAGAAACAGCAGUGUUUAGAGUGUGGCAAGAUGUUUAGGAAAUGCAGCCGUUUCAAAAAUCAUCUGCGCAUUCACUCUGGAGGAAGGCGAUUUAAUUGUGAUCAGUGUAAUAAAAAAUUUAUUUUCCCAUCACACUUACAGAUACAUAUGAAAAGUCAUGCAGAUGUGAGACUCUAUUUGUGUUAUUUGUGUGGAAAGCGUUUUAAGUGGUUUAGCAAGUUUAAAUUGCACCAGAAAGCAAGUAUCUGUGUGAAAUCAAGGAUACGUUUACGCCAGAGCUGAAUGUAGUCUAAAUGCCGAUUUUCUUCUCAAAUAUGAUUUUUAACUGUGGCCCAUAUCAGAUACCAUCUUAACAGGUGACACUGCACCAUGUGUUUUAAUUUGUUACUUUUACUUGUAUAUUUUGACUGGAGGCUUUUGUUGUGACGUACAUGUGAACGCUUGUGGCCCUACCUGAUCAUUUCCUUUGCUAUAGUUUCAAAUAUUUAACAGUUGCGGUAAACAGCCUCUAAUUUUGUUUUUAUAAAGUUGUUUCUUAAAUAUUUGAUUCAGAAAAAUAUUAGAAAAACUUGCUGUCUUGCUGUGUAGUGCCACAGUUGCUAUGUUUACAUGCAACCCAGAUAAUCGGUUUAUAAUCAGAAUGAUGGCUCAAUCAGACUCAACUGGAAAGCCUUCAUUCGUUUCGAUUGAGUUUGACUGAUUAUUUUUUUUUUAUUUUUUUUUUUCAAUUGAAAGGGAUGGUGGAGACUGAAUAUGUUACGUGUUUGCUAGGAAAGAUGUUCUGACAGACAUUAGAUUUCUUGAUUCAUGUCAUUUGAAAAAUGCAAAAUUUUGCAUACAGCAUAAACAACCUUUUUUAAAAAUUUG